CGCCAUCAUAUCAUAACAAUCCCACGAUUUUGAUUUGUACAUGUUGUAACAGUAAGAUUUAAGAUUGACAUCUAUACAUGAUACAACCUGAAUAUGCAUAAAAUAGUUAACACUUGAUAUAAAGCAAACACACAACUUCAACUGCUUGACGUAUUUCGAUUUUCUGGGCUCAGGUGCAAAUACAAUGAAAACAGUGCAGAUGAGAAUGUUAAAGCAAUGUUCAUGAGGUUUGAGAAAGUCCCUUAGUGUAGCAUCUACUGAUAUGAUUGGCUGAGAUGAGAGAUCAAAUUUCAAAACAACAACAUCACCAUGUGACUUACUGCGUGCUCAGAAAUCAGCUGUGGAAUUUCUUUGUUUAUCAACAAUCUAUUCAAGAGCUACUGUGCAAAACAGAAGGAGAAUUAAUGUAAGAACAAGAUAGAAGACAACUGCACAAGAUAGGGGGAGACUUGGAUUAACUGUGAACGACUGUUACAAUUUAGAACCAUUAUAUUACCCAUUACCCUUUGCUGCCAGAGGUUGAGGAGAACUAAAGGAAAUUAACUGUUUUAAGUGGAGGUGGAGAAAAGGAGAGGCAAAGGAAAAUAGUCACAUCAAGGUGUUGCCAGUAGGAUAGAAGGAGAACUAAGUCUGGCCUACCUGAAGAUUCUGGUCUGGAGAGAUGAAGAGAAAUCCAUUGAUUAAAACCUAAAUACACAAAAAAGGAAAAUAUGAACACUAGAGUAAGGAACCAGUCUUGCAGUCUAUCCCAAGAUGCACUAGUCCUUUUAGAAAGUUUACCAGGGUUAUUCAGAAGUGGUCUCUUGAGUGAGUAUGUGUUUCGAGAGCAGUCCCAUGCAUUGACAGUUCUUCAUGGUCUAAAUGAACAAAGAAAAACAAACACUCUCUGUGAUGUCAUCAUCUGUGUUGAAGAUGAGAGAUAUCCAUGUCACAGAAAUAUUAUGGCGGCAUGCAGUCCAUACUUUUUUGCCAUGUUUACAGGAGAGAUGAGAGAAAGCCAUGAAAGAGAAGUCCGUAUUGAUGGGAUUUCACCAGAUAUCAUGGAGCAGUUGAUAGAUUUCGCCUACACAGCUGAUAUUUCUAUAACACAAGAAAAUGCCCAACAGCUACUGUCAGCUGCUAAUCUUGUACAAAUAAAUACCAUUAUACAAGCCUGCUGUAAUUUCCUGGAAGGUGAAAUGGACCCUAGCAAUUGCCUGGGAAUACAUUGUUUUGCAGAAGCACAUAUCUGUGUUGAACUGAGUGAAAAGGCUAGAGUUUAUGUCAUUGAGCAUUUUACUGAUGUUGCCAAACAUGAAGAAAUUUUACUUCUGCCAAAAGAAAAAUUGAUUGAAUUCAUUAGUAAAGAUGACUUAUAUGUUUGUUCAGAGGAAAUUGUUUUAGAUGCAGUUCUCAAAUGGGUUAAACAUGAUCAGAAACGGAGAAUUGCAGAAUUAUCAGAUGUUUUACAGUUUGUCCGUCUGCCAUUGGUCAGUCCUUACUUUCUGUUUGAUAAGUUAGAUACAGAGGAGCUGUUAAUGAUGGCUCCUGGGUGUAGAAAGUUUCUUGAUGAGGCAAUGAAGUACCACAUUUUAAAGGAUCGUAGAAUGGAAAUGUCUUCUCCCCGAGUAGUUCCCAGGAGAUGUAUGGCAGUGGAGACCAUUGUUUACAUCACAGGAGGAGAGAUCUACAACAGGAACUAUUUAAACUGUGUUGAGGGAUAUAAUCUUGAAAAUGGAACUUGGAUGAAACUCAAAGAUCUACCAUUCUCCAGGUGUCACCACUGUUCAGUAGUGUCAGAAGACAUGCACCUUUAUAUAGCUGGUGGUUGUAACAAAGAGAAGGUUGUUGUUAACAAUGUAAUGAGAUAUGAGAGAUAUCUAGAUAAGUGGAUCAAGGUGGCAUCGUUAAAUACUCCACGGGCAAAGUUUGCUAUGGCUGCUUUAGAUGGUUAUAUUUAUGCCAUUGGUGGAUUUGAUGGGACGUCCAGGUUGUCCACUGUAGAGAAGUACUGUCCCAAGACCAACAAGUGGUCAUUUGUAGCCUCAUUGGCCCUACCUACAUCAAGGAUCUUUGCUGUUGGUCUGAAUGGAUUCCUAUAUGCAGCUGGAGGUGAUGUAGAUCCAGGAAACUCCACAAUGGUGGAUGCUUUCAUCAGAUAUAAUCCUGUCUGUGAUGUCUGGGAAAAUUUAAAAAACAUGUCAUUCUCAAGAGCAGUAAGUGGUCUGGUUACCUUGAAAGGGAAGAUAUAUGCUGUAGGUGGGAUAACAGAAGGGGUGUAUUCCAGUAAAGACCUAGAGUGUUAUGAUCCAGACACAGAUGUAUGGACAUGUCUGUCUCCAAUGAUGGAAUCAAGAUUUGAUCCAGGAGUUACAGCAUUUAACAACCAGAUAUUUGUGCUUGGUGGUAAUGAUGGAGGAAACUCAUUCUACUCAAACAUUGAAAAUUAUGACACUACUGAGGACAAAUGGAAAGUUAUGGCAUCAUUAACUCUGCCGUAUGGAAGAUGCAGAUUCACAGCUGUUGCCAUGGGAACACAGCAGACAUGAUUUUUCUUGGAAAGUGUGUGAAGAAUGUAAGCUUUUUUUCAGAUGAAUGAAAAUGUUGUGACUUGUGUGGAAACUGUUGUUUGUUUAUUAAAUGAAGAAGUUUUGAAAAAUAUUUUUGUUACAAGUCAUGUAUUCACCAGACAAUUUCUGAAUUUACCGACUUUUUUUUGGCCCCGCGCCUAGGGUCAUUAUGUUUUUCAGUAUGAGCGUUCUUUCCUUUGUUCAUUAGUUCAUCCUUCUUUACAAUUUCACAGUCCACUGAACAUAGAAAGUUAUAGUGUGAGUGGGUCAUCUAUGUACUAUGGACACAUUCUUGUUUUGUUUCUGAUUAUUCCUAUACCCAACUAUAUUUUAAGUCAUAUUUAUCAAUAUUUGAUGAGUUUAUAUCACCUAGUCUUUGUUGUGUUAGUUACCUUCUAUUAUUUUGGUUAUUUUUGAAAUGGUAUAGCCAUUUGUCUACAUCUUAAUAAGUGACUUAUAAUUAGUAGUUUAAUUAUCCCUUUGGUAUAAUCCCACAGUCUUUAUCAAACAAAGAUUAUAGGUAUUGCUUAUUGUUGAGGGCCUUAUGGUGACAAUAUUUGCCUUCAUCUACUGCAUGGACAGUAAUUGUCUCUGAAGGAAAGUUUUCUCACUGUCAACAGUUAACAAAGGUUCCAGGCUUAUUAUUUAAUGUGUCAGACACAAGUUUUGUCAACAUAAGAAGAUACGAGUGAUGUGAGUGCCAAUGGGACAACUCUCCACACAUAAGACUCAUUUGUGAAGCUCAGAUCAAAAUAGUUAGAAACCAAAAUAAGUAUCAAGUUGAAGAGCAUUGAGGAAGUACAUCACAACACCUUUUUUUAUUUUCUGGUAAAGAUAUGACUUGUAACAAACAUCACAUUUUGUUUGAAGGUAACAAGAUGUAUGAGAUGUAAUAUAUAAUGUUAUCUAGCAUGUCUAGUUAAAAUUUUGUUAUUGUACCUAGGAUCAAAGUUCAUGAUUCUUUUUCUUUGGAAGAAAUAAUUUAUUUAUCAUUUUUGUGCAUUUAACACAUUGAAUUUUACAUGUUUUUUCAUGUUUAAAUUUAGUUUGGGCAAGUAUUUUCAAACAGUUCGACAUCUUUUUGAAUAAUGAAAAUACAGUUUACUUAAGCCUGAAGUUAAUUAUCUAUUCCAUUUUCUCAUUAUUCGUGUUUUCUAUUUGUCAUGUCACACGUAGAUUACCUAGAUCAGAAUAUCUGCAAAUCAAAUAUUACCAAUAAGAUAUUUUACACAAUACAAAUGACUGUGAAUACUAGUACACAUGAAAAAGGUAAUUCUGGAUUUUGCAUACAAGACUUGGGUACUUCUAAACAUGUCAUUACUGACUGACUAAAAUCAAAGUUAAACAAGAAAUUACUGAUUCAAUUAAAAAUUGAAUACUUAUUUUGUUAGUUUUUAAAAUAAACUAAAAGAGUUUCAAGGUUUGCUUAUUUGAGACAGCAACCCAAGAUAACUUUUUUUUAUUAGGAAUUAAAAGAAAGGAAAUUUUAUCCACUUAUUCCAUAUGAUCCAUAUGAUUUAUUGAAAAUCAACAUGAUUUAUUGAAAAUCAUAUGUCCAUUUGGGACAAAUUUUGUAGCAUUGUAAUAUGUUGAGUUCUAUUGUCUAUAAGAGGUAAAUAUUUAUCAGGGUUUAUAGUACUGUAAAUUAUUAAAUGUCUAGUCUUUUUCUAGAUGAUCAUGAUGUAAAAUACCAUAAGAAGAAAACCAGAUCUCUUAGAUAGCUUGACUUUGUACAGGCACUCAUUGUUUAUGUGGUUUCAAACCCUGUCAAAAUCAAAUGAAAUGUUUUCACGGGAACCUUGACAUUUGAGGAAGGUAUAGA